UACACCCUGUUGGCUGCACCUGCCCUUUUUAAAUCGGAUUGUCUUUGGCAUCUCGACCUGUCAUGUUGGUUAAACAACUGAUCUCACUGCAAAUGCUACUUAUCGUCCGAGUAAUACGUUAAAUUGGUGUAACUUUAACUAGAAAAGUUCUUUGAUUUUAAGAAUCGGUGGUCGAUUCUUGGUUUCGCUUCAUGCUCCUCAAGUUUUCUUCUUUUAAAGCUCUUUGCUCGCGAUCUCCACUAUGCCCACUGCUGCGGCGGUCUCUUAAAUCGCGACCCUUCCCAGCGGAGUGGCACCGACCGUGUCGCCAGCUCUAUUCGCACUGCCACAGGAGUGAUGGACUACCGAAACAUCGCCAGCACCGUAGCCGAUUGUCUGCUGAGCUACAGCCGGGACGAAAGCGGGUGGAAGGCGUGUAAGAAAACGAGCGAAGUAUCCGUUUUUUGGAGACCAUCCACUGAGUUUCCAGGAAACUUGUACAAGGGUGAUGGAGUCAUUCCCGCCAGCCCAGAGGUUGUAUGGGAGUGUUUGAAACCAGUGCCAAAUGGGCUAAGAGUGCAGUGGGACAGCAACAUCAACCAGUUUGAUCUGAUUGAAUCCAUCGAUGAUUAUGUCUCAGUCUGUAGAACUGUUACUCCUUCAGCAGCCAUGGGCUUAAUCUCUCCAAGGGACUUUGUGGACGUCGUUUUAGUGAAGCAGUAUGAAGAUGGGACAUUUUCUUCAAAUGCUACCCAUGUGGGUCAUUCCGAGUGUCCACCUCAGCCGGGCUUUGUGAGAGGAUUCAAUCACCCCUGUGGCUGCUUCUGUGUCCCCAUCCCUGGGGAACCAAGCAAGACGCAGCUCCUAAGUUUUUUCCAAACUGAUCUGGGAGGCUUCCUUCCACGAUCUAUAGUAGAUUCCUUCUUUCCUUCAACCAUGAUGGAAUUUUAUAAAAACUUGACGAAGGCAGCAAAAUCUUAUCAAGAAGGGUCCCAGUGAGAUGAAAAGUUAACCAAAGAAGAGGACGAAGAGCAAAAUGAAAGGAGUGCACCAUAAAGAAGGCACAAGUCUAGCACUUUUAUUUUUAUUGAUCUUGAGGUUGUCGCACCAAACGCCAGUCGGGCAGCACCGUUCUCUUGUUAAGUACCGUUCCAUCAGCAGCUCAAAUCACGUUGCCCACUUCUCCUAAUCUGACGCAUUCCUAAUGCUUUAGUCCUAAAAUCGAAUGGCAUUCUGAGUAAGGGGUGCUCAGUAUUGCCCACAGGGAUGGGCACUUCCCGCUCAAAGCUGCUCCUGAAGCCCUGUCUAAUCUCAGCGCAGAUCCUUCCAUCUAUCCAUCCUUCCAGUUUCCAAACCCACCUCUCCAGAGAGUAGGGUCACAUAACAGCUGGAGCCCAGUUUCCAGUUGAAGAAACCUGGCAUGGCAUCCAGAAGCAGCACCACUAUAGGCCCGGGUAGGCCCAUGCCCACCCAUUGACCUAACUGGCUAAAUCUAAUUUUUAAUAUGCCCCGUCUCAAUCAAAAAAUCAAGUUACUGUAAACCUACACAGCAAAAUGUCCAGUGUUACUUUUUAAGAGAUAAAUUAACUGUUACAGUCAGAAAAGUAUUUGGAAAGCGCGGAUGUGGAUGACGAUUUUGCGGUACUUGACUGUCUAACAGGUUUUUGAAAAUAAGGUCAGCUCUAAAUUUUACCAAUCACAGCCACUUGAAAACGUGCAGCGCUAACCAGAGGCUACUUACUGAGUUUACUGUUUCGAGAGAAAUGUGAACAAGGUAAGCAUAAAGAAUGAGUCGGUAAACGACGCUUUUAAGUUUACUGCCAAAAGAAAAUGAAUAGAACUGCAAAACAUUGCAGAGUGUGAUGCCAACAUUGAACACUUCGGUACUCCCACAAUGGCAACUGUAAACCACACCACAAGCAUCUGGCGGUACGCCCAUUUACCCAGUCCAUCCAUUAUGGCGAUCUGGCCGGGUAGGACUCCAUCCUUUAUCCCAGCCAGAAUGCCCAUCUCUCCUCCCUGGCACCUACACGUACCACUGGCCAUUAAAAAGAAGUCCCUUUGUGCCAUUCCAUCUACCUCAUAUUAAUGCCUUCAUCUUUCUCUCUGUCUCUAUGCAUGAUAUUUUAAAAUGUGUGUGUACGUCUGUUGGUUUUAUUUUUUCGGUUGUGUCCUCUUGUCAUGUUAUCGGUGUGUGUGUCUUUACAUUUUUAUAUAUAUAUAUAUAAAUACAGGCAGUCCCCGGGUUACGUACGAGAUAGGGACUGUAGGU